AGGAUCUAAAAGCAGAAAAAAGGGCUGCAUGAAAAGGCACCGAGUGAUAGGAAGCAGCAGCAGCAGCAGCACAGCCUCUUUUCCCUGGCCUCUGUUCCUUUAAUAAACUCAUGGUUAUCUAGUGUAACAAAUGUCUCGCUGCCAUCAUCAAGUCCAGGCGAGGAGGGAGGAGUUUUUAAUGUUCAGUUUGUUCUAUGGAUCGAUGUCUGCUGGCAUCGCCUCUCCCCUUUGCCUGCACCGUGCGUAAUACACCGUACCAUUACCAAACGCUUUUUACGCGCAUUCCCUGCACAUAUUAUCCAGCGAAACUGCCCGCGGGACAGACUGACACGCGCCGAUCAACGUAUGUGGCACUGAUGGACGAAAACGGAUGGUGAAAGGAGACGAUUCGCCCCCCGUAGGAGGAGGAAGAAGAAGAAGGUGAAAGAAGCCCGGCUUUGAACAUCUGUUUCCCCCUUCAAGACGAUUCCCGAGCUGGAUUUCUGUUCAUAGUGAGAGAGACUGAACUACUCCGAGAGCCAAAAUAAAGACUCACUCACACAAACACUCUCUCUCUUUCUCUCUCUCUAUGCAUGGACUAUCGUAGCCCGCAUUCAGAUUUCACCUGGGCACAGUAGUGAACUGCGACUCCAAAAAAUGCCACGGAGGAAACAGCAGGCGCCCAAACGGGCUGCGGUGUACGAAGAUGGUGUUCUUCAGGAUCCCGUCACUGAGGAAGAGGGCGAGAACGACACUCAAACUGAAGAGGAAUGCUCAGAGAAGGCCAGCCCCAAAGUGUCCGAGGACAAAGAGCUGGACAGCAAGAGCAACAACACUUUUAGCAACCAGAACUCACCCAUUAGUGUCCUUUCCAAUCAAGAAGCCGAGUUAGAGUCACGCCUUAGCGACACCAGUGACAGACUCUCAGACUUCAAAACCUCCUCGCCACCUGAGAGCGAGAAGGAUGACAAAAGUCGCACCUCCAAGCAUAAAGAGGAGACGGGCGGCAGCUUGGAGAAGAUGAGGGCGGCUUAUGCGAACUUUCUUUCUGAUUCUUACUGGACGGGGAUAGGGAUGGACUUAAAAAUUGGCAAAAACGCCAGCAGAGCCAACUGUGACAGCACCAACGGAAGCACCAAGACAGAGUUUGACUGGCACCAGGAUGCACUCUCUAAGACCCUGCUGCAGACAGACUCCCCAAAACCCACAUCCAAACCUAACCUCUUCAGCUCCGUCCACCUGUACAGGCAAACCACUAAACCCUGCGGCUCGGUGUUCACGGGAGCCAGCCGAUUUCGCUGUAAGGAUUGUAGCGCGGCCUAUGACACUCUUGUAGAGCUGACGGUCCACAUGAGCAAGAGUGGACACUACCAGGACAACAACCACGGCAAACAGAGUCAUUCCUCCGGUUCGUCCUCUAAAUCCAAGAAACGAAACUUGCAAGACAUGGAAGGAAAAGAGGAUGCGCAAAAAGUUUUGAAGUGCAUGUUCUGCGGCCACUCUUUUGAGUCACUCCAAGAUUUGAGCGUCCAUAUGAUUAAAACCAAGCAUUACCAAAAAGUGCCUUUAAAGGAGCCAAUCCCAGUUCUCACACCCAAAUUAUUGCCGCCUUCAAAGAAACGGGCCUUUGACACGGUGAGACCUUGCUCCCCUGACUCCACGACUGGUUUAUCUGGCUACACCGAGGCACAACGGGCCGCAGCCAUUUCAAAUGCUAACAAUAAUCGCUACGGAUAUCAGAACGGAGCGAGUUACACCUGGCAGUUUGAGACGUGCAAGUCUCAAAUCCUCAAAUGCAUGGAGUGUGGAAGCUCCCAUGACACCCUUCAGCAACUCACCACGCAUAUGAUGGUUACUGGACACUUCAUCAAAGUCACAAACUCAGCCUCUAAAAAGGGUAAACAGUUGACCCUUGACCCCUUGGCCAUUGAAAAGAUCCAGGGUUUAGCUGAGCCUGCUGUAGGUGACACCGAGGGAGAAAAGGUGCCCCCGAAAACUCCUUCCCCCGGGGGUGUUGAGAAAGAUGGCCAGGGGGAAGGUACAUCAGAGAAAAUGGAAGAAACUGAAACUAAAGAUGACAAGCAAGAGAGUGAGGAUCAGAAGGCAGCCAAUGGGGCUUUUAAGUACCCUUAUCUCCGUGAGGAGGAUCUUGAACAGGACUCUGGGGGAGGAGGGGACAUUCUCAAAUCUUUAGCCAACACAGUGGCCUCUGCCAUCAAUAAAGCUCAAACAGGGACACCGAGCUGGAGUGCCUACCCGAGUAUUCACGCUGCCUAUCAGCUCUCUGGCCUCAUCAAAAGCUCGCCUCUCUCUGCAUCCCCCCCUACUCAGCUAAAGCAGACAUUUAACCACAAGCUGAGACCGAUUGCCCCCAAGGGGAAGUCAUACCACGGCGCUGCGGGAGUUGAGGCUCCCCAGGGACUGCAUCAAAAUGUGGACAUCAAAAAAGAAAAGGUUGGCAUUAGUGAUGGUAAAGAAAGUCAAAAUAGUAAGUUUGAUCUGUUGGAGAAUGAUGACAGCGAUUGUCAGGAUGAUUCCUCUUCCUCUUCAAAGCUUGAUGCAGACUGUAUGAAUGAAGGGAGUGAUGCGAUCAAAGGGAAGAUGAGCCCAGAUUUCUCUGACAGAGGCAAGACACCGAGCCCCUCUGCCAGCAAUGGACGCAGCACUACUUCAGAGCCUCUCAGUGACACUCCAUCUCUGCUCGGCAUAAACCCUCUUAGUGCCCUGCAGUCUGUUCUGAACAAUCAUCUGGGCAAAGCAAAUAAGCCCCAUAACUCGAGACUAGAUAAACUCACAGCUCACACCCAGUCUAUUUUUGCUGACCUCAACCGUAGCAGCGAGAAGCAAGCUUUAAUGCUUGGAAAUGCGAUAAGAAAAAGGUCUGAUAACCCCUUUCUAUUUGUCAGUGACGACCAACCAAUAGACCUGACAAAGUCUAAACAAAGCAAGUCAAGUUCCUCCGUACUCCAGCCCUCCACCCCGAUGCCACAGAAAUACGCUCUGUCUGACAUCGCAGAUAUGGUGAAAGUUCUUCCAAAAGCCACAACGCCAAAGUCCUCCAUACCGUCACGGAUCCCGUCGAUGAAACUGGAGUCGGACGUCAGGCGCUUUGAGGACGUGUCGGCCGAGGUGUACUCCGUCCACAAGCGUAAAGGUAGGCAGUCAAACUGGAACCCUCGGCAUCUUCUCAUCCUGCAAGCUCAGUUCGCCUCCAGCCUCUUCCAGACCUCCGAGGGGAAAUACUUACUCGCAGACCUUGGCCCUCAGGAACGGAUGCACAUCUCCAAGUUCACCGGAUUGUCCAUGACCACCAUAAGCCACUGGUUAGCAAAUGUAAAAUACCAACUGCGGAAAACUGGAGGGACCAAGUUUCUGAAGAACAUGGACACCGGUUACCCCAUCUUCUACUGCAAUGACUGCGCCUCCCAGUUUAGGUCACCGAACGGAUUCAUUUCCCAUCUGGAAUCCCAUCUCGGGUUCCAAAUCAAAGACAUGUGCAACAUGCCGGUAGAGCACCAGACGAAGGUGGAGGAGCCAGAACUGUCCAAGGCCCUCAGUGUCAGGGCCUCAGAGGCUCUGGUCACAGACGAAGACAUUGACUCAAAGUUCAGAUGUAAGCUCUGCUGUCGGACAUUUGCGAGCAAUCACGCAGUCAAACUCCAUUUGAGUAAAACUCACAGCAAAUCCCCCGACAACCAUUCACAAUUUGUGGAAAUGGACAAGGAGUAGUUUUUCAUAUUAUUGUCACUUUUAUUUUAUUUUUCUUACUUUUUUUAUUUAAUACACUGGUCAGAUAUUUCAACCAUUUUUCAAUUAGCGUUGUGUAGUGUGCAUCAUUAUGACGUUUUGAACAUUUCAUGGAGUACAGCGAAGACACACUGGUUAGAAAUUGUAUAAGGUUAAUAACUAAGAGAUACUUUUGCACCCUGCUCAAACGCAUCACCAGUAAUGAAACGUAUUACUGCUUGAAGAAACAUAAUUGCUGAUGUUUGCAUGCAAUAGCCCCGGCUAUGACUACUAUUUAUUUGUAUGAUAUGUCAAGUUUCAAUUGUAUUUCAGAGACAAAAAUAAUUAACUAAUUGUACUUUACAACUUCUGUGAUACAGUACACCUGCAUCAACGUGCAGCUGUUUGAACAGGUAGCCCGACACAUGAUAACACACACGCAGAACUGUACAGUGUAUUGCUAUGUAAAGAUGUUUUGUGUUGAAAUGAUAGGAAAAAAAAGCACUUUAAUAAAUGUUUAAUCACCAGUUUAGACUCGGAUUCUGUACAUGACUCAAAGAUAAUUAGACCGUUUGGAGAUAAGGAUAUUUCACAUGUAAAUAUAUUUUAGGAGAAUAAAAAAGAACAGUGUGUUUCAUGCAACAAGGAUAACAGCAAGACAGAUGAUACCUGUGAUACCUGCACCUUUUUUUACUUAUUCAAAUAAAGAGUUAACAUUU